AUGACUGAUGGGCCCACCGCUGGGUUACGACUCACCAUUCAGUCACCAUUCUCAGCUGUAAAAAAAGAGUCGACUCAGCUUCUUGAGCAGUGGCUGCUUCAAAACAGGAAGGCGGAAGACAGGAAGUCUCGCGGCGGCGGCGACUUUGGAGAAGUGGACUUGCCGGCGGCGAGCGCCGACGACGCCCGCAGCCUGCUCGACGGAAUGCCUCCUAGGAAGAAGCGCAAGGGUGCGUCGCCGGUGUGCGCCACCGACCGCAUCGGCACCCUCCCCGACAAUAUGCUCCACCACCUGCUCUCUUUCCUGCCAGCGCAGGCGGCUGUGCGGACGUGUGUGCUCGCCCGCCGUUGGCGCGACCUCUGGAGGUCCGCCACAGGCCUGCGAAUUGUCGGCCUCGACGACGACAACGACGAGAAGCCUGUCCAGGCCCAGGACCUCCAUAAGUCCGUGGACUAUCUGCUGGUCCUGCGUGAGCGCACAGACCUAGACACCGUUGAGAUAAGAUUCGACACUUUCCUGGAAGAGGACAUACCCUAUGUGAACCUAUGGGUCCGUUCUGCUGUGAUGUGCAAAGUUCAGGUGCUCACCCUCCAUGUCUGUGGAGACAUUCAAUACCUCUGCCUAGAUGACAUGCGUCUUGUCUCUCGGCAUCUCAGAACGCUGGACCUUCAGGGUGUAGCCCUACAGAUGACCUUCCUUGAUUUUGCUAGGUGUCCAGCAUUGGAGGAUCUGAAGAUGGUUAAUUGCCUCAUCAACGCCAAUAAGAUAUCAUCUCGUUCCCUGAAGCAUUUGAGCAUCACCGAUUGCCGCUCUGACUUGGAUUGCCCGAUCCAUGUUUCUACUCCGGGCCUUGUUUCUCUGGAACUAGAUGCGUUUGAUGGUUCAACCCCUUUUCUUGAAAACAUGGCGUUGCUAGAGACUGCAUUUGUCUACAUAGGCAAGGACUGCCAUGAUGUCUGUUUGAAUUAUGAAUCUGGUGUUUUCUGUGGAGCUAAUGAUACUACAUGUAAGAAUUGUGUUCCUAUUAGCGACGAUUGCAACAGUGAUUGUGUGCUUCUAGAUGGUAUCUCAACUGCUAAACACCUCAAGUUGAUAUCUGCAAUUGGAAAGUUUAUCUUCUCAAGAGAUUUGAAGCACUGCCCUGCAUUUAGCAAGUUAAAGACUUUGUUACUCAAUGAGUACUGGUGCGAGGCUCCUGAUUUGCAUCCACUAUCUUGCAUUCUGAAAAACUCACCAGUUCUAGAGAAGCUCACUCUUGAACUUUUUCCCAAGGUAUAA